AUGAAGUUCCUACACCAGGUCGUAGCUAUGCUACCUAUUGCUGCAACAAGCAUGGCUUCGACGUUCAAUUGUUCUAUUUCAACUUUCCAGUCGUUUUUGGCUGCUAAUGAAACUUCUGGACAAGUAUUAUCUGCAGUAGCUUACUUGGACAAUUCCACAUUUAUUUCACCGAGUUCCAGCCGCCAAAUCCCAACUGGCAUGCCUGCAAACUGUGCCGUUCAACUAAACAUCACUACUGAGGUCAAUACUCAUUUUAGUUUCAUAUUGAUGUUACCUACCAAGUGGAAUAGUAGAUUUUUUGGAGCUGCUCAAAGUGGUCAGGGAAUCAAUUACAUCGAUGUGGAUGGCUUGACUGAUUCGAUCAUAUCUGAUCCUCUUGGCUGCAACCUCAAUCGUUUGACCCUGGUUUGCACGGCAAACAAGACUACUUUCUGCCUUACUAGUCCACAACUUGACACCCUUCUGUCCAUUUACAAUGACUGGGUCGAUGUCAAUCAAACCUACGUUUUCAGUCAUGUCCUCUACGGGAGUGAGGAGACCUGGGCCGGUGGUAAUAUUGGAGAUGGUAGCGCAUCAAGUUCGGCGAAUCAAUUAUGGUACAUGCAAAACAUCUUGGGACUUACCAACUUAACCGCCGCCGAUCUUUCUUACGAGACCGUCGAGUACGCCGAUGCUACAGAUCCUGGAAAUUCGUCAGCCAACAACUUCGAUCUUUCGCCCUUUUAUAAUCGUGGUGGAAAACUACUCCAUUACCAUGGAUUGGCUGACGGAACUGUUGCUCCUGGUGCGAGUGUGUAUUUCCACGAUCAUGUUACGAGAACUUUGGCCCCGAUGGGUAUAGAAGUUGAUAAUUUGUACCGAUUCUUCUUAGUGCCUGGUCUGGAACAUUGCACUGGAACUCCUUCUACAAUGAAUGCUCCCUGGUACUUUGCAGGCCCCAAUCAGGCCGCUACUCUGAGUACUUCAGCUCACAGUACACCCGGCUAUUCUGAUCCCCGCCAUGAUGUUCUUCUUGCUCUUAUGACAUGGGUUGAAAAUGGUACUGCGCCUGACAGCAUCAUCGCAACUGAGUUCAAUGAUGAUUUGACGGUUGCAAAACAGCGUCCCAUUUGUGCAUUUCCCAACCAGGCAAAGUACGAUGGAACAGGCAAUGUAGAUGCCCCAGAGAGUUGGUCUUGUGAAUCGUUGUACUAA